UUCCAUACUAUGACCACAUACACCGAUAAAGGCCCCAAACCAGACGGUGGAAAGUUUCUUUCGUUUGAUCACAUUACCUUCUACGUGGGCAACGCCAAACAGGCGGCUAGCUACUAUACGGCGCGAUUUGGCUUCGAGGACUUUGCGUACCAGGGUUUAGAGACCGGAAGCCGACAUCUGGUAAAGCAUGCCGUCCGCCAGAACCGGAUCGUGUUCGUGUUUGUGUCGGCCUACGAGCCGGGUCAUCGUGAACUCGGAGAUCAUCUGGUACGACACGGAGACGGAGUUAAGGAUGUUGCUUUCGAGGUAGAGGACCUCGACGUGAUUGUGCGCCGUGCAAAGGAGCGUGGCGCCAAAGUGGUGCGCGAUGUUUGGGAAGAGUCCGACGAGCAUGGUACGGUUCGGUUUGCAACGGUGCAAACGUACGGCGAUACCGUGCACACUUUUGUUGAGCGUCAUCGCUACCGGGGCCUAUUUUUGCCCGGAUACAAACCACCGCUACACGAAGACGUUUUGCUCCGUACGCUACCAAAGGUCGGGUUGAACUUUAUCGAUCAUGUCGUCGGUAAUCAGCCCGAUUUGCAGAUGGAAUCGGUGGCCGUAUGGUACGAGAAGAUGCUGAUGUUCCACCGUUUCUGGUCGGUGGAUGAUAGCCAGAUCCAUACGGAGUAUUCGGCCCUACGCUCGAUUGUAAUGACCAACUACGAGGAAACGAUCAAAAUGCCUAUCAACGAACCGGCAAAGGGAAAGAAAAAAUCGCAAAUCGAAGAGUACGUGGAAUAUUACGGUGGUGCCGGCGUGCAGCACAUUGCGCUCAACACCAGCGAUAUCAUCGGUGCGAUUCGCAACCUUCGCGCACGGGGCCAACAGUUUCUGUCCAUCCCGGACACGUACUACGACCAGUUGCGCCAGCGGCUCAAGUCGAGCGCUGUGAAGAUUAAGGAGGAUAUGGCUGUGCUGCAGGAGCUGAAAAUUCUAAUCGAUUACGACGAGAACGGAUAUCUGUUGCAGAUAUUCUCCAAGAACAUGCAGGACCGGCCGACACUGUUCAUUGAGGUGAUUCAACGGCACAACCACAAUGGGUUUGGUGCAGGCAACUUUAAGGCACUGUUCGAAGCGAUUGAAGCGGAACAAGAAAAACGUGGAAACUUGUAAACGGACAAAAAAGGACA